AAUUCACAUUUUUUCAUUUUCAGACGGAUUUAGGAUAAAAUGGCCGCCACCGCUGUUACACAAUAUCAAGAUAGACUGGAAAAACUGCUGAGGCAGCCGGGAGCUAUAAAUGAUCUCAUGGCGACUGCAGAGAAGAAAACUGGUGUUCAAAGGAUUUAUCUCGCCUAUGGGGCUCUCGGACUAACCAUGCUUUGGCUUGCGUUUGGAUUUGGAGCUCAACUCCUUGCUAACUUUAUCGGGUUUGCCUACCCUGCCUACUGUUCCAUGAAAGCCCUUGAAUCUAAGAAUGUAAAAGAUGACACGCAGUGGUUGACUUACUGGGUAGUCUUUGCGCUAUUCUCAAUCUUGGAGUUCUUUGCUGAUAUCCUUGUUGGUUGGGUUCCCUUUUACUGGUUGACGAAAUGUAUCUUCAUGGUUUGGUGUAUGGCUCCGAUUGAGGCAAACGGAUCCUUCAUCAUUUACUCCAGGAUAAUCCGUCCUGUAUUCUUGAAGCAUGAAACUAAGCUGGAUAACAUGGUCAACAAAGCUACUUCCAAGGCUGGUGACUUGUUUGGUCAGAUCUCUGAUGCUGCCAAGGAUAUCUCUGCUGAUCAUAUUAAGGCUAAUUAAUCAAAUACAGUUCCAGCAGAUGGUGGCUAAUAUCAUCAAUAUCAAGUUUUGUUGAGGGUCAUCUGACCUACUAUUAUUAAUGUUUUGCACUGAUACACCCUUUGCACUAGAUGUUAUGUAUUGUAUAUCUUAGCCAACCCUUGAAACCUAAAGAUCUUUUAGUUUGAUUACUCGUAAGCUUGUGCCACUAUUAAACUAUUUAGUCAGAGAAUAUAUAUAUAUUUGCCCCCCCCCCCUCCCUUCUAUCAGACUUAAUAUUAUUGUUUUAAAUUAAAAUCGAACCAAAAUCAGGUUAAUUGCCAAAAUAUUGUGAUGCCAUCUAAAUUCUUCCUUGAUAUAUCUGUGAUUUUCAAUGAUUAACAGGCGUACAACGCAUUUUAUUUCAAAGUUCAAUAAUCAAAACAUAUUUCAGA